AUGGAGGCGGGGCCUUGCCUGGCUCACAUCAUCAUGUGGUACUACGACCAGAAGAGGGCGGUCUGUGACACCUUCAUUUGGGGGGGUUGUCAGGGGAACGGGAACAGAUUUGAGAGUCGGGAGAAUUGCUCUGCCCUCUGCAUCGCCCCAAAGAAAGGUUUGUACCCGGAACCGUCCAAUCAUAAUCAUAAUAUUGUGAAGAUCCCGCCCCCUUGUGGGAGGUUCCUAUGGAGCCAUGUGUCUGUCAUCCAUGUAGAGUCGGAUCGCUGA